AUGCCAGUAGAACCUCAAUCUGCCACAUCAUCUCAGCCCGAUGCUGCUCCUGCUACCACUAGUACCAACAACGAUGCCCAAGAGAAGCUACACUACACGAAAGUCCUUAACGCAUAUCAGAACUACCUCUCCCACUCACUAGCAUCGCAUCGCAAACGGAAGCGAGACUUUUCAUCCCUCCCAGCACGCCACAGAGCCAUCCUAUCCCCGAAAUGGGAAGAAAAAUGGGACUUGAUCAAUACGUGCAUCCGUGUCAACGGUGCAUUCAUCGAACACUUGAUUGCUGGACAGGAAGACAUGAUGGACUUUGAUUCCGUCGAUCAUGAGGUCGCAGCUACACAUGAUGAUCAUCAUGCUGCACAUAGCCACGCCAGUCACGACAAUAAUCGUGAUAGUCACACAGCUGCCGUGUCAGACCAUUCUCAUACUCAUGCGGAUAAUGGACACUCGCAUGCUGAUAAUGGACACUCGCAUGACCAUGCUGCUGCAAAUGCUACGUCUUCGCAUGCUCAUAAACAGGGGCAAAACAAGACAAAGUCGAGCGAGUCGGAUAUGGACAAGGUUAGGUCUACUAUCAGGCAGUUUGUGAGAGAUUGGAGUGACGAGGGAAAGGCCGAGCGAGAUGCUGUGUAUACGCCAAUGAUUCAAGCGCUUUGCAAGGCAUUCGAACAUGUACCAGUAUCACAGAGAGGAGCGGUAUCAGUGCUAGUACCUGGUGCAGGGCUAGGAAGAUUAGCUUUUGAUGUUGCAAAAGAGGGAUUCUCAUGUCAAGGAAACGAAUUCUCAUUCUACAUGCUGAUUGCAUCCAAUUUCGUCUUGAACAGACUCUACUCCAACUACCAAUACACAAUCUACCCAUGGGUCCACUCCCUCUCAAACUCCACAUCAGCAACAAACCAGCUCGCUCCCGUCCGUAUACCCGAUGUCUUGCCCGGCGGGAUACCCGAAGGUGCAGACUUUUCAAUGGUCGCUGGUGACUUUGUGGAAGUGUAUAGUGAGCCUGAUCAGCUAGGUUCAUGGAAUGCUAUAUUGACGUGCUUCUUCCUGGACACUGCACAUAACAUUGUGCAUUACAUUGAGGUUAUUUCGGGGCUGCUUGCGCCGGGAGGGAUUUGGAUUAACUGUGGCCCAUUGCUGUAUCACUUUGAAGGGAUGCCCGGCGAAGUAUCAUUAGAACUGUCGCUAGAAGAAGUGAUGUCCGUUAUCAAGCAAUAUGGAUUUGAUAUUAUCGAAGAAAAGUUCCUGCCAUCGACAUACGCAUCAAACGUAAACAGUAUGCUUCGAUACCAAUACAACAACAGCUUCUUUGUAGCUAUAAAACAUAAACCCCAAGAAUGA